AUGGCAGUGUACAAUGCCUGUGUCAUCAGCACACUGCUAUAUGGCAGUGAGACAUGGACCACGUACGCCAGGCAAGAAAGACAUCUGAACACCAUCCAAAUGAGAAGCAUCCACCACAUCCUGGGAAUAUCGUGGCAAGACAAAGUGUCCAACAGUGAGGUCCUGUCUUGCACAGGUCUGCCCAGCAUGUUCACACUACUCAGACAGCGCAGACUCCGUUGGCUAGGCCACUUCCACCACAUGUCAGACGGUCGCAUCCCCAAAGACCUCCUGUAUGGAGUCCUGGCUUCUGGAAGAAGACCCACCAAGCGAGGUAGCCGCUUCAACAGACAAGAGACAGAACACAAUUGCGACCUCUGCAAGACCGUCAUUCCCACAUCGGCUUCUGGAGCCACAGACGCCGAUGCUCCAGCCAAACAGACAGCUAGGAUGCUACCCAUGGUCAACUCUGACAAACGGAGGCCUACUCCUAUAUAA